GAGCUCGGAGAGGGCCUCGUGGCGCGCUUCUUGGUGUCAGGCACUGAUGCCAGCAAGAGUCGCUACCGCGAGUUUUCCUCUGGAAUUCUUGACAGCGUGCAGCGCGAGCUACUGAUGAUGAGACUCGAGUGGCUGUUCCACUCAACCUGGGACUUGCCGCUGACAUGGGGCGAUGGCCUGGAUGAUAUGACCUUGGGUGCUCACAAGGCUGCAUGGGGCGUGGCGAUGAAGCCCGCUUACGGCUAG